AUGGAGAAUAUGAAGAUCCCAGUUGAGGUUGAUCCCAACGAAGAUAGUGAAUGGAAUGAUAUCUUGAGAAGUCAUGGUAUAAUUCCUGAAAAACCGCCGUCUCCAACUGCUCAGUUAGAAGAGGCAUUAGAUGAAGCCGUGAAAAAGCAGCAUGAGAAUAGACUAGAAAGCAAAGAUUUGGAUGAGUUGGAAGAGCUUGAGGAUGAAGAAGAUGAAGAUUUUUUGAACUCCUACAAAGCUAAAAGAAUGGACGAGUUGAAGAAGUUGAAUGAGAAAAAGAAGUUUGGAUAUGUGUUACCGUUGUCAAAAGAUGAGUAUGAAACCGAAGUCACUCAAGCAUCCAAUGAAUACUUUGUUAUUGUCCACAUGUCUCUACUGUCGAGUCUUCAGAGCAGGCUAAUUGCAUCCAUUCUCAUAGAGGUAGCCUCGAAAUUUCCAGAAAUCAAAAUUUGUGACAUUCCUGCUACAAGAUGCAUUGAGAACUAUCCUGAAUCCAACUGUCCGACGUUGGUUAUCUAUCACAAUACGAAGGUAGUAAAGCAAUACAUAACCUUGGUUCAGCUAGGUGGCAACAGUACCAGAUUGGGCGAUGUCGAACGUGUAUUGGUCGACAUAGGUGCAGUUGACAUUAAUGACAAGAGGCUUCUUAUUAACCAGGAGGAAGAAGAAGACUUGGCAAAUGAAAGAAGACUCAAGUUUGUCAAAAAAUCUUUGAGAGGAAGAUCUAAUGAUUCUCAUAAUGGAGACGAUGAGGAUGACGAUUUCUACGAGUAG